AUGGCUGGCAGCUCCGGAGGAAGCCAAGCAGCUUUUCACGCACUGCUUGCCCGCCGCGCCCAUUACAAUGAGAAGCUCAUGCUUGCCUUUAUCCUCUCGAUGCUCGCCAUCGCCACGGGCUUCGCCCUGACGCACCAGCUGCGACGUCCUGGAAAACGCCAGGGCCGGUCUGCUCAGCAAGACUCCAAGCCAGGCCUCGUCGCCCGCCUCUCCCGAAGGGGCAGGAAUUGGGCGCUGCGCAGCGCUUGGUUGCUACCCUCGGUGGGCCACGUAGCCGUCGUCGGCUUAUACGUGGCCAUCAACCUCAUCAUCGCCUUUGUGAGAAUAAACCGCGACACCCUGCCCAUGGUGACCAACGUGGCGUCGAGAGCAGCAUGGCUUGCUCUGGGCAAUCUCGUCGUCGUCGUCGUCCUGGCCCUCAAGAACACCCCGCUGGCGUUUCUAACGGCGUGGUCGUACGAGCGGCUCAACGUCCUCCACCAGGUGGCCGGGUACACGAUGGUUUCCCUCGUCAUCAUCCACGCCAGCUGCUACUCUGCGUACUUUGUCCAGAGCGGCCGCGUGGAGCGUCUCCUCCACGUCCAGGACAUUUACGGCAUGGUCGCCGGGCUGUCUCUUUUGAUCCUCGGGUUCGCCGGCGCAGUCAUCCGUCGCUGGUGGUAUGAGCUCUUCUACUACGUCCACGUCGUCUUCUGGGUCUUGUCAUUCGUCAUGAUAGGCCUCCACCAGCCCGACCUUGGGGGCAAGGCCAUUGUCGUCGCCAUCUUUGUCGGCGCCAUUUGGUUCCUCGACCGCCUGCUCCGCCUGGCCCGCCUGGCCCUCUACAGCACCAACAACUCAGUCAAGCUCACGCCACUGCCGAACCAGACCACGCGCGUGACGCUGGCCAAGCCGCCCUUUGGCCUCGUCUCUGGGAAGCACUGCUUCCUGUGGAUCCCCAGGGUCCGGCCUUGCGAAGCUCAUCCCUUUACCGUCUCGUCCACCGACCCCCUCGAGUUUGUCGUGGCGUCGCACAACGGCUUCACGCGCGACCUGCACACGUACGCCGUGUCACACCCCGGCGUCCCGCUCAAGGCCUCGGUCGAGGGCACGUACGGGACCAUUCCUGAUGCCACGGGGUACGACACUGUCGUCCUGGUGGCGGGGGGCAGCGGGGCCAGCUUCACCUUUGGCGUGGCUCUCGACCUGCUCAGCAAGCUGCAGAGGGACGAAAGCAAACACGUCGUGUUCAUAUGGGCCGUCAAGCACAGCUCGGAUCUGGACUGGUUCCAUGACCAUCUCAUUACCCUCAGGGCCGACGGCCGCGUUUCGACGAUGCUAUUCGUCACCAGGGAGUUGGCUUCGCAAGGUCCAAGUUCCAGCAACGCAGAGCCGCAGCCGUCACCGAGUUCAUUGACGCAAGAAAGCGAGCUGGACCCGGAAAAGGCCAGAACCCCCAGCAUGCAGUCUCGAGACUCGGGUUUCUCGGUCAAGUCUGAGAAGUCGAUGCCAUCCGAGACAGAAACGUCAGCGACACGAGUUGGACACCAACGACCAGCCAACGCUCAUGGCGUGCCCAUCACGUACGAACGGCCCAACGCUGGUGCCUUGGUGCGCGCCGCCAUCGCCGACACGCCGGCAAGCCAAAGAGUUCUGGUGCUCUGCUGCGGCCCGGACGAGCUGAUGACGCAGGUGCGAAACACGACCGCACAGUGCAUACAGCCCGAAGGACCUGGCGUGGAGCUUCAUUGCGAGCGUUUUGGAUGGUAG